UAAAUUCACCGCCUGUCAUUUUAAACAACUGCAGCAACUUUAGUCUUGAAAAUGUUUCAGGUAGGCAUAUUGGUAGCUCAACCUCAGUUAUUUAUUUAGUUGUUUUUGUCACAGUUUUCUUCACACUUGAGCAAAAGCAAGUGAAGAUCAGACAAGAGAAGGCUUCCUGUUCUUGGUGGCGUAGCUGAAACUAAACUUCCUGCCACCAAGAGCUAAGGUGAAGGCAGGCUCUCAGUUUGCUAUGUGACAUCACUCCUACUUGCUUCACUUGAAACCAGAAGCAAGGUUUAGGGUUUGGCGAACAAGUCCAGGAAGCUGCGCCUUCUGAUUAGACAGAUAAUGCGAAUGUAGUUAGAAAAAAGGCAGCUAUUAGGGGGAUUAUAUUAGAAAUAGAGGUUAGGUUUGGUGUCCGAUCUAUUCGUGGUCCUUUCUUGGACUCGACCUGACUUGAAUCGUGUGUUCCCACACACGCCCUUACUCCCCGGACAUGGCGGGUCUCUGUGGCCUGAAGAUCUUGCUGGUCUGGAUCCUGAUGGUUGGUCUGGCUCACUGUGACAACGGUUCAACCAUCUUACCUCCACUCACUGGCUCAGGUUCUGCAGAACCUGUUGCCAUCCAACCUGCAAGCACCUCAGCAGUUUUAUCUGCUAGAACCCCAGAAGCUCCUUCUUCUGUCACUCCUACACUCACCUCUCCAUCCACCACCUUAACUUCAACAAUUCAUUCAAACUCUUCAACCAACAUGUCUGCCAUUACCUCACCUGCAAGCAUCUCAAACCAAUCAACCACACCCCAUCAAGCAAACAAUCAAUCAUCUCCUCAGACAGCCACCCUACCUCCAAGCACUGAACAAAACACAACCAUGGCUGCCACCACAGCUGCAGGCAACAAAGAUCCAAAGUGUUCUUACAGCGUUAAAUCGAUCCAGUUUGGUUUCCUGAUAAAGAUGACAGAUUUUACUGAGGGUCUCUACACCAUAGAUGAGGAGGAAGGUCUGUUUGAAAGGAAAGACAAUGUUUCUUUCUCCAAUAAAAACUCAACUCAUGAGAUCAAACCUCUGAAGCCGUGCACUGACUAUAAAGUAAUAGUCACACUUAUUGGUGUCAAUGAUACAAAAAUCUGUAACAAAACUGAAGAUAAAAAUACGACAACAACAAGAACAACUGGAAUGAAUCAAGCAGACAUUGAAAAAGUCUCCUGCCCUGCUGGAUAUCCCAACCACUUCUGUUACCGGAGUGGUUGGGACAUCAGCUCUUUAUCAUCAAAAUACGUCAAGGCUUCACCUCCAGAGUUCAACAAUGGAUCAUAUCAUUUCAAACCUGCUUAUGAGGAUAUCUGCUCAGAUUUUGUUUUAGAGUAUCUUACACAAAACUGCACAGGCAACCAAUCUACCGCCCCUCAAUAUGUUCCUGUUGAUUUCAUUGAUCCAAAGGACAUAAAUCAGACUAAACCCACUAAACUUCCUGCAAAGAUUGAACCAACGUUACCUUCAAGAUGUAAUAAUCUCACUGUUGAGUACAAAUGUUCAGGAAACGACAAUAAAACAGUUGAACCAUCUGAUAUGAAGCCGUUCACUGACUACGUCUGUACUGGAGACAUCAAGAACAACAGUGUCUACAUAAAUAAGACAACUCUACCUGUACACUUUAACAUUUACUGUGGUGGGUUAAAAACUACUGCAUCUCAGUGGAAAGAAGAACAAAUACCUGAUAAACCUGAAGUACUGAAAAUUGAAUAUCCAGAGAACAAUAAGAUCUUAGUUAAAUUUUCAGCUAAGGAUUUUAGAGGACCAGAACCAAAAUACAUUGCAGAACUUGUUGGGGUCCCUGGCAGCGAAAAGACUCAACAAAACCCUGAAUUUGAAUUCGAAGAUCUGAACUACCUAACAUCCUACAGAAUAAAGGUUCAAACUUACAAUGGAAAGCAUAAGAGCGAGUAUGAGGAAAUAGAUGCUACAACUCUCUAUAAUGACAAAGCUCUUAUUGGAUUCCUGGUCUUUCUCAUCAUCAUCACCUCCGUGGCUCUCCUUCUUGUCCUCUAUAAGAUCUACGUUCUUAAACGUAGAAAGUCCCAUGAUCUGACUGAAAGGUUGGAGCUAAUUACCAAAGGUAAUGAUGAAGAAAGUCUGAUGCCUGUGGAGCCGAUUGCAGCGGAGCUGUUGCUGGAAACCUAUAAAAGGAAACUGGCCGAUGAAGGAAGGCUUUUUCUGGGUGAAUUUCAGAGUAUUCCCAGAAUCUUCUCAAGAUACACAGUGAAAGAAGCAAAGAAGGCCUGUAAUACCCCUAAAAACCGCUACGUAGACAUCCUUCCAUAUGAUUACAACCGCGUCCAACUGGCCACAGGAAAUGGAGAAGCAGGAUGUGACUAUAUUAAUGCCAGCUUUAUUGAUGGGUUCAAGGAACCCAAAAAAUAUAUUGCAGCUCAAGGACCGAAAGAUGAAACUGUGAGCGAUUUCUGGAGGAUGGUCUGGGAGCAGCAGUCCUCCAUUAUUGUCAUGGUGACUCGCUGUGAAGAAGGGAGCCGGAUCAAAUGUGCCCAGUACUGGCCUUCGCCUGAUCGAGAGACUGAGAUCUACGAGGAAUUCAUUGUGAAGCUAUCCUCAGAGGACAUCUGCCCAGAUUACACCAUCCGCCAUCUGACCCUGACUAAUAAGAGAGAGAAGAACUCUGAGAGAGAAGUGACUCACAUUCAAUUCAUGAGCUGGCCUGACCACGGCGUCCCAGGAGAGCCACACCUCCUGCUGAAACUGAGGCGGCGUGUCAAUGCUUUCAAGAAUUUCUUCAGCGGCCCCAUCGUUGUUCACUGCAGUGCUGGAGUCGGCAGAACCGGAACUUAUAUCGGCAUCGAUGCCAUGAUGGAGGGUCUGGAGGCGGAGGGCAGAGUGGACAUUUAUGGAUAUGUUGUCAAGCUCCGAAGACAGAGAUGCCUCAUGGUUCAAGUGGAGGCCCAGUACAUCCUGAUCCAUCAGGCCCUGCUGGAGCACAACCAGUUUGGAGAGACAGAGAUCACUCUGUCAGAGCUGCACAGCACACUGAGCACGCUCAAACAGAAAACCUCCGACAGUGAGCCCACCCUAAUGGAAGAAGAGUUUGAGCGACUCCCCUCCUUUAAAAACUGGAGGACCUUUAACACAGGGAUCACAGAAGAAAACAAGAAGAAGAACCGCUCUUCGUCUAUUGUCCCAUAUGAUUUCAACCGAGUGUUAGUGAAGGUGGAGGAAGACGUCAGUCAGGACAGCGAAGCUGAUGAUGAAGAGGAGGAUGAAUCAUCAGAUGAAGACGAUGAAGAUUCCACUAAAUACAUCAAUGCCUCCCACAUUAAUGGCUACUGGGGACCACGUUCGCUAAUCACAGCUCAGGAUCCAUUGCCAGACACCUUUGCUGACUUUUGGUCAAUGGUUUGCCAGAAGAAAUUAUCUACUAUAGUCAUGCUUUCAGAGCACAAAGAGGACGACGAAGCAAUUUACUGGAGUAAAGAAAAGAAGACAUUCGGAGACUAUGAGGUAGAAGUUUCAAAUAUAGAAAUGACUCCGAAUUUCAUCACCCGCAACAUGCUGGUCCGAUAUGUCAAGCGAAAAGAGAGUCGGCUGGUGAAACACUUCCAGUUCCUAAAAUGGGAGGGCACAGAUCUGCCAGAGAAACCUCAGGAACUCAUAGAUAUGAUUAAGGAGGUUAAACGCAGCUGUGUGGGCAGCAAAAAACAGAGGAUGCCGAUCGUCGUCCACUGCAAUGACGGAUCGACCCGUUCAGGAAUUUUCUGUGCCCUGUGGAACCUGCUGGACAGUGCAGAGACUGAGAACCUGGUUGAUGUUUUCCAAGUGGUCAAAACUCUACGCAAGGAGAGGAAGGGGAUGAUCCUCAGCUCGGAGCAGUAUCAGUUCCUCUACAAAGCCCUAGAGGGCGCCUUCCCAGUCCAGAACGGAGAAGUGAAAGCAGUAAAGGCUGCAGCCACCGACAGCGUUCAGAUUGUCAAUGAAACCAAAGAAGCAGCAGCAGAAAAGCAACCAGCUGAGACGGUUGAGGAGCCAGCCAGCACUACCAGCAGCGACCGACAGGCGGAGACAGAGACCACUCCUCUGGUGGCUGACAGCGAGAAACCAAAGGAGGAAGAAGAGCAUGCCAUAGAGAGCAGCUCCCCCACAGACACCAAACCACAGGAGGAAACCAGCAACGGCCCCACUGUCACAGUGGAUGCCUGAGAUGACAGGGCCCUUCAACCCUGAGUCCUUAAUGCUUCAGUUUAUUGAUUUAUAAAAGUUACAUUAUGAAUGUAUAAACAUUGUAAAGAUUUAACUCAGUAUGAGUCUAGGUGGAAACGGAAAAGAAUUUAAAUAAAACAUUAGUGUUAUAACUUCAUAUUUUGGAUUUCUGUAAUUUAUAUACAUUCUGAAUAAAAGAUUAUUUUCCCUUCUGGCAAAUUACUAGAACUGCUGUUGUCAAACUAUAUAACAUAAUUAUAAUUUAAUGUAAAAUUGAAACCAACAGUUGAAGUUUAAAUACACAGUAGAUGAGUCUUAUUGUUUCAUACUCUAAGUUUAAAAAGAGUUAAAUUUAGCAUGUAUUUUUGGUUUCUUGCUAUUGCUGUUCUCACACACUCUGCAGUCUAUAUUCACAUAUUGUGUAUCUGAUAAUAAUUUAGCUGUUAACUUUAACAUUCAUUAUGUACUGCUGUAUUUUUUUUCAUGAAACAAAAUUGAAAUAUAUUGUAUUUAUACAAACCUGCUUAUUGUUAAAGUAAAAAUGAACUCCCAAAAGAUAUUUUUCAUGAAAAUUAAAAAAGACAUGUUUAACUAUUUUGGAUUUCUAUGCUAUACUCAAAAACUGUUUAAUAUGUCCCUGCCAGCAGUAAUAAACAGUAUUGUAUUAAAGUUCUUUCUAUUGUGGUGUACAAAAAGUCUUUUGGGGUAUGAGCAAAUUACACUUCUACACUUAGUUACAUUUAAUCUGCUUAUUUAAUGUUAAGCUGGAUUUAAUUAUUAAGACAAAAUCUGUUAGUUAAGCACAAAUUAAGCAUAUUUCAUUCAAGUAGUGGGGUUGAAUGACCUUUUAAUUGUACAGUAAUGCUAUGAUUAGAUUUAUACCAAAGAUUUUUGCAUUGGAUUGUCCUACAAGACAAAUGAGUUCAUGACAUUUUUUAGUUUGUGC